AUGUCUGAAAACUCAUAUCGUCGUAAAAAACAAUCACAAAAAGAUGCCGCCGAAGCCAGUAAUAAUAGUAUACUUUCUUACUUGACACCACGAGCUCCAUUAUCAAAUAUAACAUUUCAGAAUAAUAACGACAACUGCAACAAAAAUCUUUCUACCAGGGAAACUGUAACUGACAUUAACGAAUCACCUCCAAGGAAAAGAAUAAGACACGAUAAUUUCUUUACUCCUCAAACUCAAACUUCCCUUCCAAUACUACAACAUGAAAGAAAUUCAAUUAUCAACAAUAGUGGAAAUAUUGAUAAAAUUGAAAAUAAAAUAACUUUUUUUACUAAAAAGACUGUUAAGCCAUAUAUGGGAUUGAAUGCAGUAAUAGCUUUAUAUAAUAGAGAGGUUUACGGAAAUCCAAGAGGUUAUCUUCAAGCAUCAAAAAAAUGGAAUUCAUCAACUCGUCACUUAAUGAAAGAUUUUUUAAACAACCAACAAGACGUAUUCAGGUUCACAGGAGAACAAGGAUUAGUUGCACCAUUUGCUUGUUCAUUUAAUAAUGUUGCUCGUGAAAAAAAGUAUCUAGCAGUAGCUGACGAGGAAGGAACAGUGGGACUAAUUGACGCAAGAUAUGAUAAUACACUUGAAACCGAAUGUGCUAGAGUUGGAUUUCGUGCUCAUGAUAAUGCUAUUUUUGAUAUUAUGUGGAGCCAUGAUGAUAAGUCUUUGGUCACUGCCUCGGGUGAUCAAACAGCGUGUUUAUGGGAUGUAGAGUCACAACAAUCUAAAGCAACGUUUUGUGGUCAUACAUGUAGCAUUAAAUCUAUCAGCUAUAGUGCUUUGGAUCCAUAUUUAUGGUCAACUGCUUCUAGAGAUGGUAAUAUAUUUAUUUGGGACAUAAGAACUGUAGGGCUUCAAAAAUCCGAAACAAUGUUAUAUAAUCCAGCAAUGAGUAUACUAUUUGCACAUUCACCAGAAUCUUUUAGAAAAAAAAGAAAAACCUAUCCAUUUCCUGUAAGAAGUAAGCCAACAAGUAGUGUUACUGGCGCACAAUUUUUAAAACAUGAUGAAAAUCUAUUGGCAUCUUCGGGGGCACUUGACAACAUUAUAAAAUAUUGGGACUUGAGAAAACUUUCUAAUCUAAGACAUGCAAAUCCAGUUCAAGUAUCCAUUAGCGGAGCUACAGCAAGACGCCCUCAUGGCAUAUCAACUUUAUUAAUAAAUAAUGAUGGAUCAAGAUUAUAUGCAAAUAGUACUGAUAAUUAUGUUUAUAUGUAUGACGCACUGAAUUUAGGUGCACCAUUAACUCGAUUCACCGCUCCAGAUUUUCGAUGUUCAUCAUUUUAUGUUAGAAUGGCAAUAUCACCUGAUGAUCAAUAUAUUGCUUGUGGAUCAACUGAUAAGAAUAUUUAUAUAUGGGAGGUUGAUUAUCCUGAUGUAAGUCCAAUUGUAUUAAAGGGUCAUGAAAAUGAAGUUACAAGUUUAAGUUGGUCGAAAAACUUUGAUACGGUAAGACCCAGCAUGUUUGCUGUUUGUUAUGCAAUGUUGAAAAGUCAAUUAUGUGAAUAUGGUUAUACACAAUUAGCUAAAGAUAUUGCAAAAGAAACAGGUAGUCAAACCGAUUUGACACCUAGUUCUAAAUUAUCAGAAUUACUUUACAUUGUAAAAUUACAAGAUGAAGAAAAUAAUGAAGAAGAAAUGAAACCAUGUGAACCACCAAUUGAUGACGAGCCUGAUAGUAGUAGCAUCCCUAAACCUGUUCCAAUUUAUUCAACUUGGUAUAUGACAACUCAUAGAGCUGCUUCUACAUGUGCUAUUUUUAGUGGCGAUGGAAAAUAUGCUGCAACUGGAUCUGUUGAUGCCUCACUUAAAGUUUUAGACACAUCUAAAAUGAAUAGUCGCUCUGACGAAGAUAGGCCAGUCAUAAGAACAUUAUAUGAUCAUCUUGGUCCUGUUAAUGAUUUAUCUUUUCAUCCAAAUGGGUUGGUACUUGCUUCUUGUUCUGACGAUCAAAGCAUUAAACUGUUUGAUUUAUCAAAACCAGGAGUUAAACGCUCAUUCAGAUAUUUACAGGUUAGAUUUUCUUCUAAUGGAUCCCAAUUUGUUACAUCUUCGCUUGAUGGCAGUAUAAAAAUAUGGGAUACAAUAAGUGGAAGGUGUAUAAAAACUAUUGAAAGUGCACAUGAUGAUACACCAGUGUCAAGUGCAAAAUUCUCUAAAACUGGAAAAUUUAUACUUUCUGGUGGAAAAGAUUCAACCGCUAGAUUAUGGGAUGCAAAUACUGGGAAGUUGAUUCUAAAAUAUGAAGGUGCCAACCAAUCAUUACAAACAACCUUUACAUAUAAUGAAGAUUAUAUUCUUGGCAGUGAUGAAGUAAAUUAUAAUAUUAUUUGUUGGGACUCACGUACGAGUCUUAUACUUAAAAAAUUGGGAGGGCACACAAAUAUUGUAAGAUGUAUUGCAGCUUCACCAACUGAACCUGGUUUUAUUAGUUGCGGGUAA